AUGGUUGUCAAACCAGAUAACGAGAAAGAAGUCCUUCGAUUGAUUGACAGUUUUUUCUUGAAGGCUACACUGCUAAUAUGCUCUACAGAAUCAAGUCGAUACCAAUCUUCUGCAGAGAAUGUAUUUUUAUUUGACGAUGCAUGGUUCGAAGAUCACUCAGAACUAGUAAGUGAGCAACCCAAAAUAAUAGCAAAAUGGUCUGAUUAUGAUGGUCGAAGAGAUUUACCACCUUUGGUCGUAGAGACAUAUUUGGACCUAAGGCGGUUGAAUUCCUCUCAUUUAGUUAGAUUGAAAGACCAUGAGGGCCAUUUAUGGAAUGUUUGCAAAGGAACCAAGAAGCAGGAAAUCGUGAUGGAACGGUGGCUUAUCGAAUUAGAUAAUUUGUCUUCAACGUUCAAAUCGCAUAGCGAAGAUGAUGAAACUGAUGUUGAUGAGCUUUCCAAGCAGUUGGUUCUACUUUUCCGUUAUUUGUUAACUUUAAUACAGUUAUUACCCACAACAGAGUUGUACCAAUCACUGAUAAAAUCCUAUAAUGCUCCACAGAGUGAGAGUAAUGCCAAUUCAAUAACAACCGGAGAUCCACUGGUUAGUAUCCGGACGCGUAUUCUUGACGGAUCCAAGCCAAUUUUAUCAAAGGGCAGAAUAGGAUUGAGCAAACCAAUUAUUAACACUUAUUCAAAUGCGCUCAACGAUUCAAACUUACCGGCUCAUUUAGACCAAAAGAAAAUCACGCCUGUGUGGACAAAAUUUGGGCUUUUGAGAGUCUCAGUAUCGUAUAGGCGUGAUUGGAAAUUUGAAAUUAGCAAUACCAAUGACGAUUCAUUCUCAACUCGACAUGUGGUUCCUCCACAUAACUUUCAAGAGCCACAGCAUCAGUUACAACAGAAGGGACAAAAUAAGCAGGAUACAGAAGGACAACAACAGCAACAGCAGCAACAGCAGCAGGAUCAACAACAAAGGCAAAUACCUGACAGAAGAUCUCUCUCACUUUCACCCUGCACAAGAGCCAAUUCGUUUGAACCACAGUCUUGGCAAAAGAAAGUCUAUGCGAUAUCGAGGCCUGUCCAGCCAUUCAAAGUCGGUUCGAUUGGAAGUCAGAGUACGAGCAGAAAUCCUUCUAAUUCAUCCUUUUUCAAUCAACUACCCAUUCAUAGGCCAAGUAUAAGUUCCAAUUCUGGGCCACAAAUGAAUAUUGAAGGUACUAGCGUCGGUAGUACCUCAAAAUACUCGUCAUCGUUUGGGAAUAUUCGUCGCCAUUCAAGUGUUAAAACGACAGAAAAUGUCGAAAAACCAUUGAAAGCGGUAAAAAGUCCAUUACAACCCCAAGAAUCACAGGAAGAUUUAUUGGACUUUGUUAAAUUAUUGGAAGAAAAACCAGACUUGACUAUUAAAAAGGCAAGUGGCGGCAAUCCACCCAAUAUUAAUAUAUCCGAUUCACUGAUUCGAUAUCAGAAUUUGAAGCCAAGUAAUGAUUUAUUAAGUGAGGAUCUAUCGGUGAGUUUAUCCAUUGAUCCGAAUCAUACGUAUCAUAGAGACAGAUCGGACUCUCAUUCCCCAUUGCCUUCCGUAUCACCUUCGAUGCAUUACGGAUCGUUGAAUUCAAGAAUGUCUCAAGGUGCCGGCAAUACUACCCAUUUGAUCGCAAGAGGCGGUGGAAAUUCAUCUACUAGUGCAUUCAACAGCAGAAGAAAUUCUUUAGAUAAGAAUGUAAACAAACAAGGCAUGUCGGGUUUACCUCCUAUUUUUGGUGGCGAGAGUACUUCAUAUCAUCACGAUAACAAAAUGCAAAAGUACAAUCAACUAGGAGAAGAAGACGAUGACGAAGACGAUCAUUUACUCAAUCAAAUGGGAAACAGCGCAACGAAAUUUAAAAGUUCAAUAUCACCAAGGUCAAUUGAUAGUAUUUCAAGCUCCUUCAUAAAAAGUAGGAUACCAAUUAGACAGCCAUACCAUUACUCUCAACCAACCACUGCACCCUUUCAGGCUCAGGCUAAAUUUCACAAACCUGCGAAUAAAUUAACUGAUAAUGGCAAUCAGAGCAAUAGUGGUAAUAACAACCAUAUUGGAAAUGAUGAAGGUGAAACGAUGCAUAAUCAAGAGGAUGAUCAGGAUGAUGAUCUAGUAUUUUUUAUGAGUGAUAUGAACCUUUCUAAAGAGAGUUGA